AUGGCUGAAUCUUCAAAGCCACGCCUUCUCUUCAUCUACAGCACACUCCACGCCCGCCCUCUACUAGCAUGGGCUCUAACCGGCGACGCCACAAACACAGAACUCGUUUCAGCGCUCACCCGUCCAGCCAAAGUACACGGCUAUGCACGCUACACCGUGCGCUCACGAGAUUAUCCCGCCGUUGUAAAGAAAGAUGGGCACGAAGUAGAUGGGGACCUACUGGUCCUGGAGACCAAGUCCAUGCGCAAGAAGCUCGAUGACUUUGAGGGCGAAACUUAUACGGCUACCAGCAUCGAUGUGGUGCUGGAGGAUGGGAGUGUUUUAGAAGCGGAUAUGUAUGUCUGGGCUGGAGAUCAAGAUGCCCUGACCAAUGAGCCCUGGGAGUUGGACACUUCCGUCAAGGAGAGGUUGGAGGAUUGGCUUGAUCUUUUUGAGGGCAUGGAGAUGAUUGGUGAAGAUGAGGACUGA